AUGAAUAGGGAUCAAGACCAAGAAUUGGCAGGUCAACAGGCACCUCCCACCAAGAAGCACAAGUCUGGAAGCCAAAAAAGAAAAGAGAAGCAGAUACUGGAAGACAAAAUCAAAAAGCUAGCUUCCAUUGACCGCUUCUUCAAGAAAAGCACACCUAAAGAGUCCUCCAUUUGCAGUACAUCAGAAUCAGAUAUUCAACCAAGUGUCACUACCUCUCAAGAAGCAUGUUCCAGCAUUGGAGAAGUCAGUGAGCUGGUUGUAGACCCUCCAGACCAGCCAACCGUGUCCUGUAAUUCUGGACCUCUUCCAGAGCUUAGUGAUGAUCCAGCAGAAUGGCCAGAUGUAAUCACCAAUCUACUGAGAUGCCAAGCUAUCAAAAGGGGCCCUAAGCAAGUGAAGCUGGAAGAUUUUCCACUUACAGAUUUCCCAGAUGGUACAAAAAGAAGAUUCUCAUCUGGUCAUUAUUACAGAUUGCUGGGUAGUGGGAAAAAGGAUCCACGAGAUUGGCUCAUUUACUCAGUGCUUGGAGAUUCUGUAUAUUGCUUCUGUUGCAGGCUAUUUGACAACGAAGCUAAAUCCAAUUUCUCAAGCCCAUAUGGAUUUAAAGACUGGAAGCAUGUCAGUGGUAAGGGAUCCUUGCAUUCCCACGAAAUAUCUAGCAGCCACCUGUCUAAUUAUGCCAAAUGGAAAGAUCUGGAAUCUAGCAUAAAAAAAGAAACUACCAUUGACAAAGAUUUGCGUCGACAACUCCAUAUGGAAGAACAAAGAUGGCGCAAAGUAUUGUUGCGUUUACUGCAAAUAAUUCGCUGGAUGGCAAAAAACAAUCUGCCAUUCAGAGGAUCAUCAGAUACUGUGUUCACAGAACAUAACGGUAUUUUUCUCCAAUUACUGGAGCUGAUCUCUGAAUUUGAUCUUGUUCUGAAGGAACACUUGCAACGUGCCAAAGAAGGAACCAAUGCGCAUUAUCUGAGCAAGGAUAUGCAAAACAAAUUUCUGCGUUUAAUUGCUGAUGCAGUAAUUGAAAUAAUCAUAAAAAAGGUGAGACAAGCUAAAUAUUUUAGCAUCAUUGUAGACUGCACACCAGACAUCUCCAAACAAGAGCAGUUGUCACUUGUGCUGCGAUAUGUGGACAUCGAUGAUGUUAGCAAAACAGUGGAAGUCAAGGAAAGCUUUCUGGAAUUUCUGGCUGUCACAGAUACAACUGGAAAAGGUCUUGCAAGUGUUGUUUUGGAAAGACUGACGGAACAACAUGGACUGUGCGUGUCAAACAUUCGAGGUCAGUGGGAAGUGGCUUCACAGCAUUUGUCACAUCUGACACUUAAAGCUCUGUCUCAGACACGAUGGUGUGCUCGCCUUGAAUCAGUGAAAGCUAUUUUGUUACAGUUUCCACAACUUGUUGAUGCUUUAGAAGUUUUUUUACAUGGUCAACCAAAUUAG